AUGACCAGCUCCCAGUUGGCUACAUAAGAAGGGUUCAUUACCGCGAGAAUCGCUUUCUUACAUUCAUGAAACCGCAGUACACAUUUAUUGAUUCUUCCUCAAGGAUUCUAAACUGGUUUGUUCCAGAAUAAAUCAUGUAAAUUGACUCAGAGCACGCGAUGACGAGAAGAUUAUAUUUUGACUCGAAUCUCAAAACUCGCCACCCGGUAAGACAGUUCUUCUUUCCUUUGUUGGACAGCUGCAGCCGUUCUUAAGUGUCUGUUAAGCUUACGAUGGCUCUCUAAGCAUCAAGCCCAGCCUGAACGGAUAAAACAUAAAAAACGAGGAGACAUCAUCUUUCAUCAUGGACACCGAAGAUGGAGGAAAAUGCAUCAGCUCUAAGCGUCAACAGGAAGAUAGUGUGUGGAGUUGGUUUGUGUGCGGUCUUGGUUUGAUAUCAAGUAUUUUGAUUCUUGGAUUCCUUUUUAGUUUUGGGGUGUUAAAUCCUGUCUUGUUAGAGGACUUUCGACACGGGAAAGCUCGCACAGCAUGGGUGGGAUCCCUGUGCAUGGCAUGUGCGUCGUUCUUUGGACCUUUGGCGGCAAAAUUGUGUGAUCGACUUGGCUGCCGGGCCGUCAGCAUAAGCGGCGCGUUGAUAUGCAUCGUGAGCCUUUUGACCAGCUCCCAAGUGCCCUACAUGUGGAUGUUAUAUUUCACCUUUAGCUGUAUGUAUGGAUUUGGCGCGAGCUGUGUUCACACAGCUUUGUUUUUAGUGGUGUCUGCGUCUUUUGAUAAGGGACGAUCUUUAGCCACAGGGACACUAGUAGCGGGUCACGCUGCAGGCAUCAUGAUCGUGUCUCCUGUUUUACAGGUUUUACUUGAUAGUUUUGGUUGGCGGACUUCAUUUCUUAUAUGGGCCGGUUUGACUUCACCCAUUUGUGUAUUCGGCUUCUUUUUCCAUAAAAACUUGAAGAAAGAGCCUGGGUAUCGAAGAGGGUCCAUAGAACAUCAAGAUGAGAGUUCUUCACAUACAUUUACCAUCUGGAGACAUCCGCCGUUUGUAGUUUACACAGUAUCAACUGUUAUUUUGUAUCUUCGACUUCACAUUCCACAAGUUCAUAUGGCAAGCUUCUGUAGAGAUCUUGGUAUCCAAAGUAAACAUUCUUCGAUGUUAUAUCUCGGAUUUGGACUUGCUUCAGUCAUAGCCAGGCUGGUGGUUGGAAAACUGUGUGACAAGAGAUUUCACGCACAGCAUAUCUUCCAGGUAGCAGGAUUUGUGAUGGGUGUGGCCACACUUCUGUGCCCCGUUAGCUCCAGGAGUUAUGCUCUCCUCAUGCUCUAUUUCGUAACCUUUGGUUUCGCAGAGGGAUCAUCGGCCACGCCCAUCAACUACCUUAUUUUAAACUGUAUACCGGACACUCAGCGUUCCAAGUCCUUUGGUUUCUGGUUGUUUUUCUUAUCUUUUACUAUGGCUAUUGGACCUCCGUUUGCAGGUUUCAUUGCGGAUGAGUUAGGGUCGUACAUACCUGCCUUUUACAUGUCUGGCUCGUUCAUGAUGAGCAGUGCGCUUGUGGUAUUUGUCUUACGUUAUUUCAAAAACCGAGAUGAUCUACCGCUGAAAGAUGACCAAGCGCAAAUAAUGGUAGCGCUCGUGGAAAGGGAGACCGUCCUGUAACCCUCCUGUGUCAGGAAGUCGUGCAGGUUCUGUUUUUCGCGCGCACCGUUCCGAAUCCUCUUCUUCGCGAGGGCUUCGCGCGAGGUAUAUUUUCCCUUGCAAACAUAUUUUCAGCUGCGCAGUAAUAUGUGUGACAUCACCACCAAAUCGAUUAGCCUGUUUCAAAAUCUUGGUUUGUAAAAACGAGUAACCCAGCAAGCGAGCGACCCUGGGCGCGCGGUUGUCAAAAGGAUCCGGCAACUUUUCCCUAUACGUGCACUGCGCGAAAGGAGAGAAACGAGUGAAAGAAAGCAGGGAAAGGAAAACACGACAUCGUCUUCUUCUCUUGCCUUCUCCCUAUCCAUCACAUUUCGCACUCCCACUCCGUCGGUGCUGGUAGCUUCACAUUCAAAACCAACUGAGGGCAAGCCAGCGCCUCCUCGCUUUUUCACUUAACAACCCCUUGGCCUGACCGAGAACCUACAUGGAAGAGGCUGAAAAUGCUCAAAAUAAAGCUUUACUCGAGGCAGCUCCGUUAAGUGCUACACUGAUAAAUAAAAGACUCAAAUACGGCAUUGUUUUUAUUGUUCAUGUCAUGCAGUGUUACGUCUCUAACGCACUUAACCUUUCAUUAAUAAACAAUUGGUACCAACUUACAA